AUGUUUAAGGUCAGGAGUGUGCUUCAAGCUCGGAGCUGUUUCGGUUUUAGAUUGAAUUCGAACGGCGUGAAGAAUGCUCAGAAUACAGAGGUAAGACUAUAAAAUGAUCCUAAUUGAAUAUAAAAACAAUUUUAAUAACUAAUUUAAUUGAAUAUUUCUUGUAAUUAUUGGUUUUCGUAUUUUGCAUGAAAACAAGUUUUUGUAUACUAUAAGUUUUGGAGACUUGCUACUUAAACAUUUAUUGUGUUGAACACUUUUAUAUCAUAGCAUUAUUUUUUUGUGAAAGCCUGAAGAAUAAUUGAAAAUACAGGUUUUAGGUUGAGAAUAAUAUGCCAAGACACAGAACUAAACUCGAUUAUGAUCAAAGCAGGAAGUUCGAUCGUUCUACAGCUGAUGCAAAAUCUGGAGGAAGCGAACGGCCAUCGGCGUUUCAACGUAGAAUGAUGGUUGUUACAGGUUUAUAUAGAAACACGGCCGAAAUCCCAGAGCUUGUGUCGUAAGCUUUUUUUGUUUUCUGAUUUUUAGGUUAGAGAGACUUUAUUGCAAAAUUGGUUAAAGUAUAGUCAACUGGAUGAAAGUACUGAAUAUUUUAAAAGAAAAUCUUUUAUAUUUUUAGUACCCAGACUAUGAAUCGUCUACACGACAGGAAUCGGGUGGUAUUCAUUGUGACGGCCGUUGCCAUUGUGUUUGUGAUUGGCGUUAAUGCCGAGAAGUGGAUCAGUCGAAAGAUUGAACGUGAAAAAGCGUCUGGAAAGUCUAUCAGCGGAAUGAUUCAUUAA